AUGACAACAAUGCCCUCUCGCUGCAGGAAUGCGCUGAACAUCGUGGUCACCACCCUUUUUGCUGCGGUGGUCCUCUUCACCAUCCUGCUGGCCUAUGUCACAGGUUAUCAGUUCAUCCACACUGAGCAGCACCACCUCUCCUUCGGCCUCUAUGGUGCCUUCCUCUCCCUCCACCUUUUCCUCCAGAGCCUUUUUGCCUUCUUGGAGCAUCGGCGGAUGAGGAGCCCCUCCCGGCCACAGCAUCUCCGUCGCUCUGUGGCCCUCUGCAUAGCCGCCUACCAGGAGGACCCAGACUACUUGAGGAAGUGCCUGCGUAGCAUUCGCCGAAUCUCCUUCCCUGGCCUGAAGGUGGUGCUGGUGGUGGACGGGAACCGGCCUGAAGAUCGCUACAUGAUGGACAUUUUCCAGGAGGUGAUGGGUGGGGCUGACCAGGCUGGAAGUAUGGUGUGGAAGGGAAACUACCACAGUGAUGGAAGCGGAGAAGGAGGUGUCGGAGGCGGAGGGAGGAGCACAGUGCACAUGGAGGAGGCAGCACGAGUGACUCGGCUGGUCAGAGGCUGCCGCUACUCCUGCAUCAUGCAGGAGUGGGGAGGGAAGAGGGAGGUGAUGUACACUGCCUUUAAAGCACUAGGGGACAGUGUGGAUUAUGUGCAGGUGUGUGACUCAGACACAGUUCUAGACCCAGCAUGUACCAUUGAAAUGCUGAAGAUCCUUGAGGAAGAUCCAAUGGUUGGAGGGGUUGGUGGAGAUGUACAGAUCCUCAACAAGUAUGACUCGUGGAUUUCUUUCCUCAGCAGUGUGCGCUACUGGAUGGCAUUCAAUAUUGAGCGCGCCUGCCAGUCUUACUUUGGAUGUGUCCAGUGUAUCAGCGGCCCUCUGGGGAUGUACAGGAACUCCUUGCUCCAGCGCUUCCUGGAACCCUGGUACCACCAGACCUUCCUAGGCUCCAAGUGCAGCUUUGGCGAUGACCGCCACCUGACCAACAGGGUGCUCAGCUUCGGCUACAAGACGAAAUACACAGCGCGAUCGCAGUGCCAGACUGAGACGCCAACCCAAUACCUGCGUUGGCUCAACCAGCAGACUCGAUGGAGCAAGUCUUACUUCCGUGAGUGGCUCUACAACGCCCUGUGGUUCCAUAAGCACAGCCUCUGGAUGACCUAUGAGUCCGUGGUCACUGGCUUCUUCCCCUUCUUCUUGGUUGCCACAGUCAUCCAUCUCUUCUACCGUGGAAGGCUGUGGAACAUCCUGCUCUUCUUGUUGACAGUGCAGCUGGUUGGGAUGGUGAAGGCUACUUACGCCUGUUUCCUGCGUGGCAGCCUGGUCAUGAUCUUCAUGUCACUCUACUCUCUGCUCUACAUGUCCAGUUUGCUCCCUGCCAAAAUAUUUGCCUUGCUCACCAUCAACAAGGCUGGAUGGGGCACUUCAGGACGCAGGAAGAUCGUGGUCAACUUGAUUGGUGCUGUGCCUGUCACAGUGUGGACUAUGGUGCUGCUUGGAGGUGUGGCAUAUACAAUCUAUUGUGAAACACAGGAGCCAUUUAGUGAGACAGAGAAAGCAUUAUUGAUAGCAGGGACGAUACUCUAUGCCUGCUACUGGCUCAUUCUGCUGGUGCUCUACCUGGCAAUUGUAGCCAAACGGUGUAACAAGAGGGAAGAGCAGUAUCACCUGCCAUAUGCUGAGGCAUAAACCUGCUACCAGAAGGACUGGUAGGGCAUUCGCCCCAGGUUUCAUUGCAGUGUGACUCUAGCAAGGUCUCUAGUGAC